AUGCCUUCCAGUAGGUUUCACUUUUUUCGGAAAUUUGGAUUGUGCUCACUCUUUAAAGCCUUGCAAGGAAUCAAUGCAACUAAAAACAUAGAUUUCAUAAAUGUCGGCACAGUACUUGCAGGUAGCAAUGCGUCGAACGGCACGUCCUCGUCGACACCGAUGACGUCCAAGUACUCUUCGGAUCGUCGGAACGGAAUGGCGUGCUGGCAAGUGGCCGUCGCCGCCGCCCUCAUCGGCAUCGGUGCCCUUCUGCUCUUCGGAGGACUCGUCACGCACACCGUACUCGUGCCGAGCAUCGUCAGGAGCAGUGUCGAGCAGGUUGGAAACGGGCGAAACACCCAGGGUGGCCCCAAGUUUGGCCAAAUGAUAAAAUCGUCGUUUUUCCAGAACCAACGUCUCGUCGAAGGCUCCGUACUUUGGGAGAAAUGGGCGCAUCCCGAGUACCGGAUACGCUUCAACUUGUUCGUUUACUCGAUGAAGAACCCGGACGAGUUUAUGUCGGGCGCGAUUCCCGAAGUGUCCGGCUCCGGUCCCUACGUGUUCGACAAGAAACUGGAGAACCGGGUGGUGUCGGCCGGGAACGGAACCGUCAAAUACCGCCGAUUUCUGACGUACCACUUCAACGAGGCCGACUCGUGUCAGACGUGCAUUCUCGGCAAUCGCAUUUGGGUUCCCAACAUGAUCUAUCAGGUUCGCACUGGUAAAAUUGGGGGUUUCGACACACAAAACAAUUGUAGAAGUUUGUGGAGGCGGCGUCGACGGAAGGAAUGAAGGCGGCGGCGACGACGCUUCUCUCGCAGACGGCCUUUCUGGAGGUCGAGGUCGAGGAACUGCUCUUCGAAGGAUACAAAGAUCCGUUUUUGGACAAAGUCUGCGAGAUUCCGUUCAUGAAUUUCGUGUGCGAAGCGAUUUUGGACGUGCCCGAGCGCAUCGGACUCUUUUUCGAGGUUUGCGCGAUUGCGAGCGCAACAAUCAUUGCCCAUUUUUUAAGGCCAACAACACGGGUUCGAAAAUGUACGAAAUCGACGACGGCACACGAAACCCGGCGGAUCUCGGCAAGAUUCUGAAGUUUGACGAAGAGUCGACACUCGACGAGACGUGGUGGUCGACGGACGAGUCGUUGAAGAUCCGCGGCACGGACGGCUCGCUUUUCCGGCCGUUUCUCUCGAAAGACGAGAAAUUGUACGUGUACGUGGCCGAAUUGUGCCGAUCGAUUUGGCUGGAGUUCAAGGAGGAAGUCGAGUACCGGGGACUGCGUGCGUGGCGGUACGUCGUGCCGCCCGAGGUGUUCGACGUGACGCACCCGGGAAACGAGGGAUUCUGCAACCCCUCGGACAAGCAGUUUUUCGAGUCGCAGACGAACGCGACGGGCGGAUGCCUUCCGCGCGGACUCGUCGAGAUUUCAAAGUGUCAGAAGAGUCAGCCGCCCAUCACGAUUUCGUUGCCCAACUUUUUGUUCGCGCCCGACGAAGUCAGGCAGAGUGUGAAGGGACUGAACGAGACGGACGCCGAGCGGGACUCGAUUAUUGUCGACAUUGAGCCGGUAAGCGCCUUGAACUUCUUGGACAACUUUGAUCGCGAUCGGACAAAGCCCAUUUUUGCAAAUUUCAGCGCAUCGGAGCAGUCCUCUACGCCCGCCGUGCGUCGCAAGUGAACAUUGAAAUGUGGAAGGGAAAAAAUUUGACUUUUCCGUAAGCCGCGCCCCUUUUCUCAUUGCCUAACCGCGCUUUUUUGAGAGUGAACCUGAAAAGGAUGAAGUCCGCACUGGUGCCGGUGAUCAUUCUGCACGAGACAUCGGAAAUCGACGACGACACGCUCGAGUACAUCCGCUCGGAACUGUACGCGACCGAAUCGAUCGCCUACACGUCGUGUGACGUCACGAUGAUCCUCGGAGCCAUCAUGCUCCUCAUCGGAUUCAUCUUCUUGGCUUUGACGGUAAGAAGAGCGCAAAAACUGGCCAAAUUUCAAAAAUAUUUGCAGCUGGGUCUAUUCGACACUCUGCUCGGCGGUCGACGGAAACGAGCCGAUGGCUUGUCGCCAGAGCCCCUUCCGCCGUACGUGGCAAAAGGAGAACCGAACGGAUUCCACCACCAUCAUAACCACGCCUACACAUGA